GUCCCUGCCCCGGCCAUGGCGGCCCCGCGGCGCCUGCAGCUGACACUGGCGCUGCUCAAGCCGGACGCGGUGGCCCAUCCGCUCGUGAGCGAGCGCCGCCUCUUCCCGCAGGCCGUGCACGCCGCCAUCCUCCGUCACCAGUUCCUCAUUGUCCGCGCCAAGGAGCUGCGGUGCGGCCCGGAGCAGAGCCGCCGCUUCUACCGGGAGCACGCCGGGCGUUUCUUCUACCAGCGGCUGGUGGAGUUCAUGGCCAGUGGCCCCAUGUGGGCCUACAUCCUGGCCCACGAGAAUGCUGUCCCUCUCUGGAGAUCCCUGAUGGGACCCACUAAAGUGUUCCGAGCCCGACACAGCGACCCAGACUCCAUCCGAGGUGCCUAUGGCCUCACUGACACCAGGAACACGACCCAUGGCUCAGAUUCACCUGCCUCAGCCAGCAGAGAAAUUGCCUUUUUCUUCCCCGAGUUUGAUGAGCGGCGCUGGUACGAGCAGGACGAGCCCCGGCUCCGCCACGGGCAGCUGUUCUACAGCCCCGAGGAGCGUGUGCACCGUGUGCUCAGGGCACAGGAGGCAGACGUGACCUGAGUUACCCCUGGUACAGAUCCAGGGAUUUGCGGGACAUCACUGCUGUCCCUGUCCUCAGCAGUGUUGAGUGGAUCUGCUCAGGAUCCUGUGUGUCUUCACACAUGUCUGAGAGCUGCUGUCCCCCGUGCUGUUGAUAUUUUAUUGAUGCUUUAUCAGUUGUUUCAUUGAUUCUUGGAGGAUUUGCUUAGAGCUGUGUGUUUUUCUUGUAACUAUUAAACUUUACUAUUUUUCACUUUU